CAUGGCCGUUCAGCAACUCAACUGGCUGCCCCCAACCUUCAAGCCAAAGACCUCCACCCGCCUAUCCAGGCGCAAGCGCCCGUAAUAGCCCACCAUGUCUCCGUGCCGGAUCAGCCCAACUUUGCAAGGCCGCCGACGCCGGUUCUUUGCAAGAAUAAGUCUGCGCGUAUUGAAUGCGUCCGUCGCGACGUUAUACAUAUGCAAGCCUACGCACCCCGCAACCGCAACAAGCCUCAAAACGCUCCUAACCAACAGAUCGCACCGUUGAGCUUACCAGAUUCACUAUACUAUCGCAUCAGCCAGGACUGCUUCAUUUGCGCAUCUGGACUGGUCCUCCGCUUUCAAGACGGCUCAUCCGCGAAAGCCCCACUGAGGCGACUCACGGUGGAAGCCCCGCGCUUGGACGGUUGA